AUGCAGAUGAAUGAGCCGGAUGCGGGGACUUCCAGGAGCCAUCACUCGCAGGAGCAAAUUGUUGCUGGCAACAUCCGUCGCGAGGAGCGGGACGGAACGUCGGCUAAGCGGGAAGUAAUUAACGACUCUGGACCUGGAACAUCACAGACCGUCAUAACAACGCCUAUCAUCCCCGAAACGACGACGGAUUCUGCCGGUACUCAGCAAGCCGUCCCGUCAGGAUCAGGGGGAUCGCCGAAAUUAACCCGAACGAUGUCGAGGACCGAAGCCGUUAGGCAGGACGUCAGGAGGCUGAAGAGUGUCACGUUAGGCAGAAUGGGGAAGAUAUUUAAGACGCGCACGCCCGUCGUGGGAGGAUCCGCCUUGGAUGCCAAUGUGACAAGCGUCGAUAAUUAUGACGAAGAGCCAUCAAGGAAAGAAAAGACAAACUCUUUAGGAAGGAUACUUAAGCUCGUCGACAAAGACGGCUCGCCCAAGAAACUUUUUGUUCGUCCUCGGGCGGGGUCGCUGAGUCGUAUACUACGUAGGCAUCCUCAUAAUGAGGACAAUGGGGUUAUCGAUAAGUCCGCGGAGGACACCGCGCGUGGAAUUCUCUCCAGAAUGCUCAGCCAACUGAGAGGAAAGUAA